GCAAGCAUCUUCUGGGUGAGGUGUCCAGCAAGCUGUGAGGAGAACACUGGCAUCUGUGCUUGCUCUAAUGCAGGGUCUUCAUAACAGCCAGCAGAGGCAGUGGCUGUGCCAAAGGGAUGCACACUCCUCCUGACACACAUCGCAAUAACCACAAGAUACAGGCUUUCAUGUAUCUCAUUUUACACCUGAGGAAACUGAGUCACAGUUUGCGACUUUACCCAAGGUCACAGCACAGACCCUGCUUUCAAACCCAACCCUGAAUCUGCCCUUGGAUUUCUAAAGCCACCAGGGUGUUGAGAAAAAUAAAAGGCUUCCUGUUCACAGGGACCACCCUUCUCUGCUCAUGGUGAGGAAGGCAAACUCUAUUUGGUUAACAGUUGUGGGUCAUCCCACGGGCCAAGGGGAUGGACACCUGGAUCUAGCACCAAGUUCAGCACAACUUCCAGGCUUUUGUUGUGACUCCAGCAAGUGUCUACAGAGAAGGUGUGUGGCUUUGUGAAACGGCUGUUGACAGGGAUUAGAAAAACAGGCUGGAGUUGAACCAUGCUUCCACAGAAAGCUAGAGGCACUGUACUUUCAGAAUGCUUUAACUUAGAUCCUAAUGUAAAGAGCAACAAACAACGAACAAACAAAACCAAACAAGCCCCCAACAGUUUAUGCCUACUGUAGUGUGCACGCCUGUUAAUCCAGCACUAGGAAGAUCUCCAGCUCAAGACCGGACUUUACGCAAUGAGUUCAAGGCCAUCCUGGGAUAUCCAUCCAGACGCUGACUUAAAAAUCUAACCAAAGGAAAAGGACAGAAAAAAAGUUUCAAAAAAAAUUUUUUUCCCCCACAAGGGAGUGUUUGGAAUAGUGUCCUCCCCAGGGUUUGACGGAAUCUGCUUUGUAGUGCUGAUCAUCUAAGACAGAGGCAGUGAAGGGAGGAGCAGGGUGAAGUGGACUGUGCUUGGCAACCCAAGGCGGGGCCGGCACAUCUCGUGUGCUGUCACUUACUGGCCAGCCAAGGAGACCUUGACCAACCGGGAGCUUCCUGGUAGUCAUGGCAACGAGGCACGCUAACGCCGCUAACGCGGUGUGUCCGGGAAAGGCUGGCUUCCUAGAGAGCAGGGCUCCAUGGCGCAAAAUCAGUAUGGUCCCGGAGUCCGGAUGGGCAACUGGAACGAAGACGUUUGCUUGGAGGAGGAGCGCAUGAAAGAGUUCCUAAAGAAGAGGGAGAGGGGAGAACUUCUUAUUCAGAGAAACAGAAAACUGAAAAAGCAUCUUGUGAGACCGAUGGAGCUUUCGGUAUCCAAAGACGGAUAUAUCCACUUUGGCAAUAAGGUGAUGCUUUUGAAUCCUGACUCUGCCCAGGAGGAGGAAGCUGCUGUGUUUCAGAAAGGACACCUGUCCCUGUGCAUGAGCCCAGAUGAAGUUAAAUCCCAGCUUCAUGAUGAAUUAGAAAUACCCUGUGGCGUGAGUGCUGUUCAGUCCAUGGUCCCGACAGGCAGGAACACCUUCAUCAUUUUGAGUGAGAACAGAAGGGAUGAGGAAGAGGGCGAAGUCCUUCGAUACGGGCAAAACUUCCGCCUCGGCAUAGUAGCAGGACUGGAAAACAAGAUGAGACAAACCAAUGAUUCCAGUCAAAGUAUACCACAUCUGUAUUUAACAAGUGAACACAGGACCCUUCUGAAAUCUGCUAAGAAGUCCUGGCUCCAGGAGGUAACGCUGACAGAUGAGGUCUCCCAUAUGAACUGCUGGCAUGUUGUCUUCUUCGACCCCCAGCUACGCAUGGAAUAUGAAGGCUUCCCAGUCAUGGCAAAUGAAAAAGUUGUCAUCUACCACUGCCACACAAACCGCGCCCUGGUAGUGCACCGCCAUCUCUUUUUAAGGACUUAUUUUGGGAAGGAAGUUGAGGUUGCGGCUCAUACGUAUCUGGAUUCACACAGAGUUGAAAAACCCAAGAACCACUGGAUGCUGGUUACUGGGAAUCCCAGGGACAGGUCGACCACCAUGCUGGACCUCAAGAAACCUCCCUCAGAGGAUACCCUUGCCAUAGAGAAGGCCUUGGGCAUCUACACAUAGUGACACACAAGGCUUACACGCGGCCUCUCAGGAGCUACUCUCAUCAACUGUAGGUCUUCGAAGAAAUGAUCACUCUCCUUGGCCGUGUCCCAAGCAGCUUUUCAGUAGGUGCAGAACUCCAUGAACACAGCAUUAGAAGAAAUGACAUUAAAUUUACUGAAUUAGUGAUGGGAGUCUAGCUCUGGGGAGUAAAUGGUGUUUGAAAAAUGAACAGUAUUUGAAAGUAAAUCAGCUUUUGUUGACAUCCUAAUUGUAAAGAAGUCAGUGGCCCCUAUCUAGAGCCCCUUGCUUAGCAGGACCAUUGAUGCCUAUGCUCCUUUCCAAAGCUGUGUUUAUGAAAUAAAGAUGUCAGAAGUUUAUGGACGUUUUGGCAUCGCUGUUUCUCCCCUAAUUUUCUUCUGUUUGAAACAAUGUGUAGUUCUGAGCUAUAGCUUUGUCUUGGAAUUAAAAUUCCCCUACCUUUGCAUUCUGAGUUCUGGGAUUAAAUCCGUGUGCCACUGUGCUCUGUAAACCAUCCUA